CUCCCCUUGCAUAAAACCGGCGGCCUUUUCCGCGCCGCUUCCUCUUUCUGUUACCUGGGUAGGGACAGCAGCUAAGGUCGCGUGGACUCUAAACACCGAAACGGAAAUAAACGACCAUGGGAAAGGAAAAGACCCACAUCAACAUCGUGGUCAUCGGCCAUGUCGACUCCGGCAAGUCCACGACCACCGGCCAUCUCAUCUACAAGUGCGGAGGCAUCGACAAGAGAACCAUCGAGAAGUUCGAGAAAGAAGCCGCUGAGAUGGGCAAGGGCUCCUUCAAAUACGCCUGGGUGCUGGACAAGCUGAAGGCUGAGCGUGAGCGUGGUAUCACUAUCGACAUCUCCCUCUGGAAGUUUGAGACCAGCAAGUACUAUGUCACCAUCAUCGAUGCCCCUGGGCACAGAGACUUCAUCAAGAACAUGAUCACUGGCACUUCCCAGGCCGACUGUGCCGUGCUGAUUGUCGCUGGUGGCGUGGGUGAGUUCGAGGCUGGCAUCUCCAAGAACGGACAGACUCGCGAGCACGCCCUCCUGGCCUACACUCUGGGAGUCAAGCAGCUGAUCGUGGGAGUCAACAAGAUGGACUCCACCGAGCCCCCAUACAGCCAGAAGCGUUACGAGGAGAUCACCAAGGAAGUCAGUGCCUACAUCAAGAAGAUUGGCUACAACCCGACAACUGUUGCCUUUGUGCCCAUCUCAGGUUGGCAUGGAGACAACAUGCUGGAGCCCAGCAGCAACAUGCCCUGGUUCAAGGGGUGGAAGGUUGAGCGCAAAGAGGGCAAUGCCAGCGGCACCACCCUGCUGGAGGCCCUGGACUCCAUCCUGCCCCCCUCCCGCCCCACCGAAAAGCCCCUCAGGCUCCCCCUGCAGGACGUCUACAAGAUCGGAGGUAUCGGAACCGUCCCCGUGGGUCGUGUGGAGACUGGUACCCUGAAGUCCGGCAUGGUGGUCACCUUUGCCCCUGCCAAUGUGACCACUGAGGUGAAGUCGGUGGAGAUGCAUCAUGAGACCCUGUCCGAGGCUAUGCCUGGUGACAACGUGGGCUUCAACGUCAAGAACGUGUCCGUGAAGGAAAUCCGCCGUGGCAACGUGGCUGGAGACAGCAAGAACGACCCCCCGAUGGAGGCAGGCACCUUCACUGCUCAGGUCAUCGUCCUGAACCACCCAGGUCAGAUCUCCCAGGGUUACGCCCCCGUGCUGGACUGCCACACCGCCCACAUUGCCUGCAAGUUCAGUGAGCUCAAGGAGAAGAUCGACCGCCGUUCUGGCAAGAAGCUGGAGGACAACCCCAAGUUCCUGAAGUCUGGAGAUGCUGCCAUCGUGGACAUGGUCCCCGGGAAGCCCAUGUGUGUGGAGAGCUUCUCUGACUAUCCCCCCCUGGGUCGCUUUGCGGUGCGUGACAUGAGGCAGACGGUGGCUGUCGGUGUCAUCAAGGGUGUCGACAAGAAGACCGCCAGCAGUGGCAAAGUGACCAAGUCCGCCCAGAAGGCCGCCAAGGGAAAAUAAGUCGCCUCACCAGUGCUGCCCCUCCCAUCCAGACACCCUCAGCUCAUUCCUGAAAGACUGGCUAAGCGGACCAACUCAUCACAGAUCCUUCCGCAGAAAA